UCAACCGGGUAAUCCAUUACUCGUCCAUGAUGGUUAUAUAUUUUCAAUACAUCGUGAAUCCGAAAAUUGUGUCAACUGGCGAUGCUCAAAAUAUAAGAAUUCCUGUAGUGCACGUUGUCAAACGAAUCGUAAGGAUAAAAGAGGUAAAAUUACAAAUGAAUCAGGUAAACAUAAUCACCUGUCGGAACCUAGUGUAAUCGAGGUAAAAGUACUUAAGGAAAAGAUUAAGAUGAGGGCCGCAAAGACUCAAGAAUCCAAUGGCGUUGUUAUCGCAUCAGCAAUACAGAAAGUAUCAAAAGCUGCGGGUGCAGAGUGCCCUACACGCGAAGCAAUGACUCGAAU